UUUUUGUUGUAUCUCUGUAUACCAUAGAGCCAGAGACCAAUACCAGAAGCCGACACCUUCUAACAGUUAUUGCGGAAGGUGGCCAUGUCUUCUUCGCAUACUAGGCUACCCAUCUUCUUCUUCCUCCUCCAAUCAUUUCUUUUCUCUCUGUCAAUCUCCCAGUCAAUCACAUCGGUUCCCUUCCCGGAUUUCCCGUGUAGGCCCCCUGGUUUCAGCCACUACCCAUUUUGCGAUACAUCCCUGUCGCUUACAGUACGAGCUCAGUCCCUCGUCUCUCUCCUAACCCUGCAAGAAAAGAUCCAGCAACUCUCCAACAAUGCCUCAGCGAUCCCGAGACUCGGUAUUCCUGCUUAUCAGUGGUGGUCCGAGUCGCUUCAUGGGAUCGCUACUAAUGGCCCCGGGGUCUCCUUCAAUGGAACUGUCUCUUCGGCUACGAGCUUCCCACAAGUUAUUGUCAGUGCUGCUUCUUUCAACAGGAGUCUCUGGUUAAAGAUUGGGUCUGCGAUAGCAGUGGAGGCGAGAGGCAUGUACAAUGUUGGUCAAGCUGGGUUGACCUUCUGGGCGCCGAAUAUCAAUAUCUUUAGGGAUCCCAGAUGGGGAAGAGGCCAAGAAACCCCCGGUGAAGAUCCCAUGGUUGUUUCUGCUUAUGCGACUGAGUUUGUGAGGGGGUUUCAAGGUGGUGACUUGAAUGCUAGUAGUCAUUUUGCAGGUGGCUUGAAUGGCGAUAGACUUAUGCUAUCUGCUUGUUGCAAACAUUUAACUGCGUAUGACUUGGAUAACUGGGGGUCUUUUAGCAGAUAUAAUUUCAAUGCCGUGGUAAGAAUCCAGACAUAGCGGCAUAUAUGUUGAUCUAUUUUUAUUGGGUCCGUUUGUCUCUGCCGAUAUCUGCAAGGUUUAAGCUGGUUUUAGAGCAGAUUAUCAUCUGGGUUAUGUUUCUUUCCCCUCAUUUAAUUCGUGUUUAGCCAAAUCCAGAACAGAAUUUAGGUUUUCUGGCAGCUUGGUUUUGGCAUCAAUUAGAAUC